AUGGCGUGGUGUGACCGUGGGGUUCAGACACUGCUGGCUACCGUGGGGGCUUUCGCCGCUUUCAGCCUCAUGACCAUAGCCAUCGGGACGGACUACUGGCUGUACUCACGGGCAUACAUAUGCAACGCAACCAAUGCCAGUACGGAUGACACCCAGUCACAACCCAAGAAGGCAAGGGGAGAUCUUACGCACUCUGGGCUGUGGAGAAUCUGUUGUAUUGAAGGGAUUAACAUAGGGAGCUGUUACCGUAUCAACCAUUUCCCAGAUGAUAACGACUAUGACACAGACAGCUCAGAAUACCUCCUGCGUAUUGUGCGGGCGUCCAGUGUGUUUCCUAUCCUCAGCACCUGUCUGUUGAUGCUGGGGGGGCUGUGUUUGGCCGUGGGACGUAUCUAUAGCAACAGGAACAGCAUCCUGCUUAGCGCCGGCAUCCUGUUCGUAGCCGCAGGCCUGAGUAACAUCAUUGGCAUCAUUGUCUACAUCUCCAGCAACGCCGGCGACCCCAGUGACAAGCGCGAUGAGGACAAGAAGAACACCUACAGCUACGGCUGGUCCUUCUACUUCGGAGCGCUGUCCUUCAUCGUGGCCGAGAUGGUGGCCGUCCUGGCUGUCAACAUCUACAUCGAGAAGAACAAGGAGGUCCGCUUCCAUGCUCGUCGCGACUUCAUCCGCUCCAUGUCCUCCUCCUCACCCUACUCACGCAUACCCAGUUACCGCUUCCGCCGGCGGACGUCCCACUCCAGCUCGCGCUCCUCUGACGCUUCGCAGGAGAACUCGCCGGCGAGGCUGAAGGGUGGGACCUCGGCAACGGGGCCGUUGGGAGAAUUGACCAUGUACACGUUGACCCGCGAGGGGGGUCUGAAAGGGGGCGUGCCGGAGAACGCAUACAGCCCCGAGCACGGCUCAGGCAAUUUCCUGCAGUUGCACAACUGCUUCCCCAAUGACCUGAAGGACGGGGUCAACCGGCGGACCACGCCCGUGUGA